GACUACAUUUCCCAGCAGCCCUUGCGCGGCCCCGGGCGCAUGCGUUCGGCCGGCCGGGGCCGUGCGCGGAGAUGCAGGCGGCGCGCGGAGCCAUGGCCAACUUCCGCCUGGCACUGAUUCAGCUUCAUGUAUCUGCUGUUAAAUCGGAUAACCUUCAGCGAGCCUGUGGGCUGAUAAGGGAAGCGUCAGCCAAGGGAGCAAAAGUUGUGGCUCUGCCUGAAUGCUUUAAUUCUCCAUAUGGAACCCAAUACUUUAAGGAAUAUGCAGAGAAGAUCCCUGGAGAAUCCACACAGAAGCUCUCAGAAGUUGCAAAGGAGUGCAGCAUAUAUCUCGUUGGAGGAUCCAUUCCAGAAGAGGAUGGUGGAAAGCUGUAUAAUACUUGUACUGUCUUUGGUCCUGAUGGUGCUAUAUUGGCAAAACACAGGAAGAUUCAUUUGUUUGACAUUAAUGUUCCUGGGAAGAUACAGUUCAAGGAGUCUGAAACACUGAGUCCAGGGGAUAGUUUCUCCAUGUUUGAUACUCCGUACUGUAAAGUGGGCCUGGGCAUCUGCUACGAUAUCAGAUUUGCUGAGCUGGCUCAAAUCUACGGACAGAAAGGUUGCCAGCUGCUGAUAUAUCCAGGGGCUUUUAAUAUGACAACAGGACCAGCUCAUUGGGAAUUGCUACAAAGGGGACGAGCUGUCGAUAAUCAAGUCUACGUAGCUACUGUAUCUCCUGCUAGAGAUGAAAAAGCAUCCUACAUUGCCUGGGGACACAGCACCGUAGUAAAUCCAUGGGGUGAAGUCAUAGCAAAAGCUGGGGCUGAGGAAACAGUUAUCUAUUCAGAUAUCGAUCUGAAGAAACUUGCAGAAAUCCGUCAACAAAUUCCUAUUUUAAGCCAGAAGCGUUAUGAUCUCUAUGGCAUAGAGAUGAAAAAGUGAAGCUGGGUGAACAGGAAAGGUUCUAGUGGCACAGUAGCUGCUGCUUUCCAUCCUCAGGAUUACCUUACUGGUUGCUCCACAGGCUAUGGUGAUAAUUAAUUAGGAACAAAACUUAAUGGUAUAAUUCUAAAAUUGAUUGAAGUACAACUUUAAUUUACCAUAUUAAACAGCUAGGAUAAAGCUGGAGGUGAAAUCAACUAAGUAGCAGUUAAUCUUUUUAGUCAUUACUGUAUUUAGAUACUUUUGUUUUGCUCUUAAGUUUCUGAGGCUUUUUUGUAGGAUGUAAGGAGGUGGGAAUUGUGUUCUCUCUGGAGAUCCUCUGAAGUCAGCUUUAGUAUUAUGAACUUUUCACUGAAUAAUCAGGGGCUCUGCAAGUAUGACUCUUCCACAUCUGUACCUAAACAACUCUGAGUUUCUUAAAUGCCCAACUUCAAACCAGGCAAGCUUAAAGUUUAACACACUAAUCAAAAUAGGCCAAAUUCCACUUGGAACUACUUAAAGAUAAUGUAAGAAGCAGUCAAACAGAAUUGUUAGCAUGCAAGAAUCUGUUAACAGAUCCUGGCUGGAAUAUCUGUAUUACAUUCUUAAUACAAUUCCUGCUUAUUGCUGAAGUGAUGUUACUUUUUGUUAAAGAAGCUCACGUGUCACCACACCUCUGCUCUAUUACUGCUUUCUGAAUGUAAUGUCUGAAUUGGUGUUAGUUUCGCUUUCUUGUGUUCUACUGAAAAGGCUAACGGGAGGCAAUCAAAACGGUUAGAAAAUUUGUUGCCCACCUGUCCACAGUGUCACAGAACGCAGGUACCCGUAUCACUGAACAUCUACAUGCAUUACUGUUACCAAAGGCCAGCUCCCUCCAGCUGCAUGGAUAUGUGCCCCACUGCAUUGCUCUUGCGUAAGAGACCAGCAAACUGGUUAAAGGUGGCUUUAAAGAACUUAAAGGCAGUCUUGCAUUUUGUAAGAGAUUUCAUCUCAGAAGGAGGUCACCUUAGUGGUUCCAUUUCUAAUGAAAAAGCUAAGUAUUUGCUGAUGGCAAUUUUUUUCCUUAAGUGGGAAGCAAAAAGAAGUAUAUAUGACUAUUCACCCUCUACCUCUGUGCUUUUACUUUUCCACCAACACAAAGGAUGAUCUACAGGCAAAAGGAGAUUUCAGAUUACAGAAGAGGACAGCUGAAAGCUUUUGUCUCGUUCUAUCUAGCCACUUGUGCCCCAAACCAUCUUACCUGUUCCUCCUUCAGCCAUCCUUCUUCUCCCACAGCUAUUCUCUUUUUCUGACGUUCCUUUGACUUCUCUGAAGUUAAUCAGCUGUGUUGUUCAGAGGCCCCAGCCACCUAUAGGGAAAUUAAUGGUUACAUUAAGUUAAACCCUAAGAAGUCUUUCCCCUAAAAGGCAGGUCCCAUCAUUCCAUUCAGUGGCAUUAUCUAUUCCAGCAGCCUUCUGUGCCUG